AUGGGAAUUGUUUUCACGAGGCUGUUUUCUUCACUCUUCGGGAACAAGGAAGCUCGGAUUCUUGUGUUGGGCCUCGACAAUGCCAGAAAGACCACCAUUCUUUAUCGACUUCAGAUGGGUGAAGUAGUGUCUACUAUUCCAACUAUUGGGUUCAAUAUGGAAACAGUGCAAUAUAACAACAUAAAGUUCCAAGUUUGGGAUUUAGGUGGGCAGACUAGUAUCAGGCCAUACUGGAGGUGCUACUUUCCCAAUACUCAAGCGAUAAUAUAUGUUGUUGAUUCAAGUGAUACUGAUAGACUAGUGGUUGCCAAGGAAGAAUUCCAUGCAAUAUUGGAGGAGGAAGAGCUAAAAGGCGCCGUUGUCCUCUUGUUUUCUAACAAGCAGGAUCUUCCUGGAGCAAUGGAUGAUGCUUCGAUAACUGAGGCCUUAGAAUUGCACAAAAUUAAGAAUCGGCAAUAG